CAAAGAUGGCGGCGGCCGCAGGGCUCGGGGCUCGGCUGGCGGCCUGGGGCGGAAGGCUGCGGCAUGGGCUGAUCACCAGCACACGAACCUCUCUGGGUCCUGGGCCCUUGGCGGCGGCAGUGGCCGGAGUGGCCCUGACAGGAGCAGGAGUAGCCUGGUACGGCGGCCGCGUGAAAGCCGCGGCGCUUCCGGGCAGCGUCACGGUGUUAGCACAGAAAAAUGUUGACUCUGGGGAGACAGUAGGGAAACUGUGUCUCCGAAAACAGCGCUUCCUGCAGUUUUCUUCAUUGGAACAUGAAGGAGAAUAUUAUAUGACACCAAGGGACUUCCUCUUUUCAGUAAUGUUUGAGCAAAUGGAACGUAAAAGUUCAGUCAGGAAGCUGACAGAAAAGGAUAUCGAGGAUGUGCUGGCAGGAAUCCAAACAGCUCGUUGUGGAUCAACCUUUUUUAGAGACCUUGGUGAUAAAGGGCUGAUUUCAUACACUGAGUAUCUUUUCUUGCUUACAAUCCUCACUAAACCCCACACUGGAUUUCAUGUUGCUUUUAAAAUGCUGGAUGCAGAUGGCAAUGAGAUGGUUGAGAAAAAGGAAUUUUUUAAGCUGCAGAAGAUCAUAAGUAAACAAGAUGACUUGAAGACAACUAUAACUGAUAUAACAGAAUGCCAGGAACCAAAAAUGCAAGAAUCUGAAGUUAACACAACCCUUCAGGUACAUUUCUUUGGAAAAAGAGGAAAAAAUAAACUUCAUUAUAAAGAAUUUCGAAGAUUUAUGGAAAAUUUACAAACAGAGAUCCAAGAAAUGGAAUUCUUUCAGUUUUCUAAAGGUUUAAGUUUCAUGAGAAAAGAAGACUUUGCAGAGUGGCUACUUUUUUUCACCAACACUGGAAAUAAAGACAUUUAUUGGAAAAAUGUGAGAGAGAGGUUGUCAGCAGGAGAGAGCAUCUCUUUGGAUGAGUUCAAGUCAUUUUGUCAUUUUACGACCCACUUGGAAGACUUUGCCAUUGCCAUGCAAAUGUUUAGUUUAGCUCAUCGCCCUGUCAGACUAGCGGAGUUUAGGAGAGCUGUGAAAGUAGCAACAGGACAGGAGCUCUCAAACAAUAUUUUGGACACUGUGUUCAAGAUCUUUGAUUUGGAUGGUGAUGAAUGUCUUAGUCAUGGAGAGUUCCUCGGCGUGUUAAAAAACAGGAUGCAUCGAGGCUUAUGGGUACCACAACAACUAAGUGUACAAGAAUACUGGAAAUGCGUGAAAAAAGAGAGCAUUAAAGGAGUAAAAGAAGUUUGGAAACAAGCUGGAAAGAGUCUUUUUUGAAACAGAUAAUAUGGGAAUUACAUUGCUCCAAUUCCCAGAAUUUGGGAUUUUUGUAAAGUACUAGACGUUCAUCUUCUUAAGUCUUCAUUGAUUUCCUUUGAAAUAUAUAGAUGCCUUUUACUUGCUUUCUGGUUCAAUAAUUUCUUAAUGGAUUUCAAUGAAGAAAUCAUUAGAAAGGAAAGAAAGUAUUCUUUUUAAAAAACAGCUUUUAGUUUCUGUCAAAAGGCCUAGGAUCGAAGUAAUGUUUUGUACUUUGAUAAGAUGGAAAACCUAGUUAUUCACCAAUUUCUUAGUCACAAUCACAUGAUAUGCUCUCUGGACGGGUAAACAAGUACUUAUGGGAAGAAAAGUACUUGAUGCAUAGGCCAGUAUCAAUUCCAGAAGUCCAGAUGUUCCUAAUAUGGCAAAUUAAGUUAAAAACUCAUUUCAGGUUUUCUAAUCUGUAUGUUAUAUCUCCUAUAAACUUCUUGUGUGUUCUAUUUCUGUUAGCUUAGUUGUAUGUUAGUUGCCUUAAAAAUAGUAUGUAAAUUUCAGUAUUCUAGUAAAAACAGAAUAAAGUAUUUAUAAAGAUUAAAAAAUUAA